AUGUCAGCUAAUGGGAACGGUGGUGACUACGCGCCGCUGAAACAAAUUCUGUCCGAUUCAGAGUCCGAAGAUGAACACAAAGUCGAAAAUGCUCACAUCAAAGGGGCAGAUAGCUGUAAUAACUUAGAUUUUAAUAGCGGUCUUCAGUCAUCUAAGAACUACAGCAUAAGUGACAUGGACGAGUUUAACACAAAUGUGAAUACUGUCGAGAGCACAAUGGACAAUGUUAGCUUUUUGCAAUCAGAUAUGUCGAAUAAGAUGUCGUUUUCACGUCGGUGCGCCUUUAUCGUCUCAAUACUUGUGUGCGUGUUCACCGUUGUUAUAUUUCUGUGGGGUAUACCAUGCUCUGAAAUCGGCAGCUGCACUAGUGAGUUUUUUGAUAGGACAAUGAGUUGGGAGCAUCCUUACAGUGAAAUGGAACUAUCAGGCACUGUCCAAGUUGUCGACGGAGCCAUUCCGAACAUAAAGAACUUGAUAUUUAUAUACAGAGGCAAUCAUAUGCGACAGCAAACUGAGAGAAGUUACGACAAUAUAAAUGGUGUUAUCUUGAUAGUUGGGAACACUGGCAAAGUGGGUUGGUUCACAAAGGAAAGCAGGAUACCAACGGACAUUAAUUGUCAUCUGAUUGAUGUCAAUAGAGACAAACAAAAGGAUUGCAUAGUAUCUGGUACUGAUGGGCUACUAGCUGCCUUGGAUUCUGUUUCAGGAACAUAUUAUUGGCAUAUCCACAAACAAGGUAAAGUCUUCAACAUUGCUCUAAUUGACUUUCCUGUAUUAAUAAAAGACAUGAAUGAUGAUAAAGUAAGUGAGCUGCUGUCUGUAGCCACUGUGUACCCAAGCACAAACCAUAACACAUUAAUAAUAGUUUCUGGGGCAACAGGAAACAUUAUGGCGGAGCCAAUACCAAUAGAGGAUUGUACAUCUGUAGAGCAGCUUUCUGUGUCAGAUACAAUCACUUACAUUUGUAGGAAUGAUAUCACUAAAGCAGUGAGAAGCAUAUCUUAUUCAGUACUAAAGAAAUUGCUAAAAAGGGAACAACCAAUUCCUCGUAUACAGUCUCCACCUACACCAAAAAAACUAAAUAUUAGCAUGAAAAAGAAUGCAGAAAGAACUAGGGAGACUUUUGUCAAUGGCCGUGGAAAGUUAGAAGUAGUCAAUGUUGGUGAAUGCCCUAAAACUUGCAGAGUAUAUCUCACAUUGAUGCUGGAAAAGAAUGGCACAACUAAUGUCACUUGGGAGUACACUGGAUACAACAUAUAUGCCAUGAGGCCAAGUUCGUUUGCCUUUGCAAACUCUAUACGAGGUCCUAAAAACAUUAAUGACAUGUUCUACCGUUCCAACAUUGAUGUUGCUUCAAUUUCUGCUUUCAUUAAGUAUCCUAACUUUACAGUGCAUGAUAUCUCUGAAAGGAUAGUUUUAGUAGUAUUUGAUAAGCAGAUGAGCUACAGUAUAAACAUCAGUCAAACUGACAUGGUACAAAUAUGUGUUAGAGGGCCCAUAGAGAGUCAAACUCCGGUGCCUCAAUGUCAACCUGACUUAGAUUAUCAAGAAAAAUCUAUGACAAUAGCUGACUUAGAUGGAGACUCAUCACAUGAAGUGAUAUCCUACUACAGCACAUUUGUUGCUCCAGAGCAGUACUCACCAAAGAACCCUAGUCUUGAUAAUUGGAAAUUGACAUCUCUCGUUAGAGUGAUCCGUUUAGAGUCUCAAUUACCAAAUCUAUUUAUAAAUGUUUAA